CAGCUCUUUCUGGGAAACAAAAUCAGACUUUUAUCAACAACCUUUUCUAGCAGGGAUGACGUAAUGGGAGUUUACAAGAAAGUGGGAGUAAUCGCUAUCAUUCACUCCCACUGUCACAUGACGUGCGAGAAAAAGCGAGGAGAAAGUGAAAAGGGGUUGUGGAGUACAAACAGUAGAUGUGGAUAGUCUGUGGAAAAAAAUAGGAAUAAAUGAAGAAGCUUCUGCUGGUGGAACAAGCUUCGCUGCUUCACUUCGAGAGGAAGUAGUCACAGUUGGACUGAAAUUAUGUGGGCAACAACUGUCCUCCUGCUGCUCUUGCUUCAGCCAGUUUUCUACACAACUGAAGGUAUCAUUGGCCAUUUAAACCAAUCAGAAAGUGUCAGGGAGGAAUUAUCUGAUGCUUCCGUCAAAGGCCAGAAAGCUUUCAGGCAGGCCAAAGGUCAGGAUGCUUGCUCCAUCCCAUGUGACAUCACCGUCAAGCUCCUCCGGGAUGAGAAACACUCAAUCUGUGGCCAGUUACAACAGUCUCUUCUGGCGUUUGGUCGUAGCACCCGCAAGCUGAUCAGGGAUAUGAUGGAGGAGCAGCAGAGAGCUCUGGACGUUGUAAGCAGUCAGGUUAUGGAACUGAUGAGCAAAGUGCAGUUGCUCAGCUCCGAGGUCCAGAGAAGCAACACUGAGAUGUACUCAAUAAAACCUGUGCAAUCCCACGGACGAGACUGCAGCGACAUUAAGGACAGCUUGAUGUCAGUUGUCCCAAAGAUCCCCAGCGGUAUUUAUAUAAUCCAUCCAGAGGAAACAGAUUCUUCUUUCGAGGUGUUCUGUGAAAUGGACUACAUGGAAGGUGGGUGGACAGUGAUGCAGAGGAGGUCUGAUGGAUUAAAUGACUUCAAACGGUCGUGGGCUGAUUACGUUGAUGGCUUCGGAAACCUUGCAGGGGAACACUGGUUGGGUCUAAAGAAGGUUUUUCACAUUGUCAACCAGAAAGAUGCCCGCUUUCAACUUCACAUAGCUCUAGUGUCCAACAACGAUAUCACGUCUUAUGCAUCAUAUGAUGACUUCCGCCUUGAUAAUGAAAACCAGUUCUUCAGAAUCCACCUGGGCAGAUAUGCAGGCAGUGCUGGUGAUGCUUUUCGUGGCUAUGAUCAGGAGCAGAACCAGGACACGGCUCCAUUUAGCGCCUCAGAUGUGGACAAUGAUGGGUGCAACCCUUCAUGCAGCUUUGCCAACAGGACGGUGGAGAGCUGUAGCAUUCUGCACAACCACACAGGGUGGUGGUUCAACCAGUGCGGGCUGGCGAACCUCAACGGUUCCCCCGAAGAUGGGGACCAGAACCAAGGCGGGAGAACUCACAUCCUUUGGGACACCUGGAGGCAGAGUGGAGUCCCAUACACCAUCAAAUCUGUUACAAUGAAGAUCAGAAGACUUGCAACCAAUAACUGAAACUUAAUGAAGAGGAAGAAAGCAAUAAAUAUUAAAUAAUUGGUCACAAAACACAUUACAGCUCAUACUUGAACUUCAAGAGUACUGUCCAGGACCUCUUCCAGAACUUUACAGGUACUAUCUGGAACUUAACAGGUACUUUCUAAAACUUUUAUUGAAUUUGGUAGGUACUUUUCAGAACUUUUUAUCAAACUUUCUUGAAACGUCUGAGUUACAGAACUUUUAGGGAACUACUAGGUACUUUCAGAACUUUUUAUGAAGCUUUUCAGGUCAGUGCUAUUAAAGUUCCAUGAAAGUACCUGGUAAAUUCCAGAAAGGUCCUUUUAAAGUUCUGUAAAAUACCAAGUAAGCUUCCCAAAGUAAGUUCCAGAAAAGUUUACUGAAGGUUCCCUCAAAGUUCAGGAAAAGUAAUGACUGUACUGUUUAGUGAUAUAACAUUUUUAUUGUAUUUCAUUUUAACAACUAUUUUCCAAACUAUUGUUAUAGGCAAUUUUGUUUUGUCUCAAGAGGAUACAAUAAUGUAUUAAACUCCACUACAAAUGUCAAAAACAAUUGAUCACAGUUUCUCUGAAGUCAGAAAUCCCCUGUAGGCACAAAAAUGUUAAGAUCUCUGAUAAAUUGUUGUAGUACUUUUUAAUGUAAUUUUUACUUUACCUGUUGUUAUUUUGUAAAAUUGAUUCUGAAUGUUAAGAACUUCGGUUAAGAACUUCUGCAAUAGCCAACACUAAUUUUCCUGUCACUAUUUACCUUUUCAUCAAGAGGAAAUGAAAGGUCAAGCCAAACCAAAGGUAGCUCUUUAUAGUUGUUUUUUAAUAAUAUGAUUUUAAUAUGAAGCACAGUGCAGGUUAUUGUGUGAUUCUACAUUUAUUUACCCUCGGGUUUUGUUGCAAGAUUAAUGGUAAAUACAUUAUAAAUCAUUUUGAUACAGUGGAUGUGGAUAUAUCUGCUGACAUUUGUUGUUUGUUGUCAGUUGAUGAGGAAGAACAUCCAGAGUUCUUACCGAAAUACAGACAUAUUAAAAUAUGACUCAAUGUUUAAAGUCACUUAACUGGCUCCUGGUUCAGAUCAAAUUUACCUGAAAAAUCUUGAAACGGUCCAGAUAUUACUUUGGCAUCCCAUUCAAUCUUUGACUUUCUCUUUUAAGUGAUCCAAGAAUCGGAUCCAAGAAUAUGGAGAACACUUUUAAUUACAGGGCUCUCACUAUUUGCUGACUUCAUUGCAAUUAUUACAAAAUAAAAUUAAUACAGUCAUUAUUCUUUCUGAUCUCCCCAAUAAAUCCUUUGACAAGCUGCUGAUAGUCCAGAACUCAGCUACCCGGGUCAUCACCCAAACCCCCUCCCCUCCUAGAAUCACAUCUCUCCAGUCCUGAAGCAACUUCACUGACUCCCGAUCAAAUCUCGUAUUAUUUUUCAAAAUUCUUCUUCUCACUUUCAGGGCCAUCCACAAUCUCUCCCCUCCAUAUCUGUCUGACCUUCUACAUCUAUCCAUCCCCUCCCUCUCCCAUCUUUCUUAACUCUACUCACAUGUAUUUUCCAUUUUUGAUCUUUGAUUGGAUUUUACUUUUUUAUUGUUUGAUUUUAUUGACUGUUGGCCUAUUUUUGUGUAGUGACCUUUAGUGUCCUGAAAGGCGCUUAUAAAUAAAAUGCAUUCUUCUUAUUAUUAUUAAUAUUGUUUACAACUAAGUCUAAUUUUUUUAAUGGUGUAUUAAAAGCCAGAGCUUAAA